GAACAUGUGCUGAAGAACAGCUUGCCAAUAUGGCUGAAGUUCAACUUUUCGGUGGUAAGAAAAUUACAGAACUUAGAGUCGUUGAUUUACGACAGGAACUUGAAAAAAGGGGUUUAGAGAAGAGCGGAGUAAAAGCUGUUUUAAUUGAGCGUCUUCAAAAGGCUUUAGAUGAUGAAGAACCUAUUGUCCUAGAAGAAGAAGAAGAGGAGGAUGAGGAAGAAGAAGAAAACGGUGAGAAUGAAGAUAAUAGCGCGACAGAGGAGGAAGACGCUCACGACUUGGAGCAAGAAGACGAUGCUGGACCAGAACAUCCCGAUGAGGAAGAAGAAAAGCCUGUAGUUUCUCCCCCAGCAGCGAAAGUUACCAAAAAAUCACUACGUAAGAAAGCCACUCCAGCAAAAGACGAAAGUCUAGACAUCAAAAACCUUGAUAGCUUAUUGAAUUCAGAAGGAAAUAUCGAUGACGACUUAUUAAAUAACAGCUUUGAUGGCGAAGAUGUGAUAAUGAAGAUCAUUGACGAAUGUCAAGACGACCAACCCCAAGAUGUCGAAUUAGAUGAGAGUGGAUUACAAGUGACAGACUCUAUUGAUGAUGAACAAGAAACAAAGGCCAAUGAUGCUGAAACCACAAAGCAAACAACAAGCGAGAAAAAGAAGGAGGCCAAAGAGACGUCUGUUGAUAAGAAAAAAGAUGCCAUUGAGAAAAAGAAGGAAACUCCUGCUGACAAAAAGAAAGAGACCCCUGUGGACAUAAAGAAAGAGACUACUGGCAGUAAAAAGAAGGAACCUGUAGCUGACAAAAAGAAAGAUACCUCCGCAGAUAAAAAGAAAGAUACCUCCGCAGAUAAAAAGAAAGAUGCAGACAAAAAGAAAGAAACUAGUGAGAAAAAGAAGGAAAGCGGUGUGGAGAUAAAGAAAGAAAGUGAGUCAGAGACUAAAGAGGAAAAAGCCAAAGAGUCACCAAAAGUUAAAACUGAAAAGCAAUCUACUUCUGCUGACUAUAUCAGUCUAGAAGUAAACUCUGGUGAACUGAACAAGAGCAGCGCAUCUGCCAUGGACACCACAUCUGAUGCAGAUACAUCUAAAGAGAAUGGUCUGUCUGUCUCCCUCUUUGUACACACAGACGGCAUUCAAGAUGAUCUUGAUGAAGAACUCAAAGCUGCUGCAAAAGCCGAGGAAGAUGCAGAGGCCAAGAAAGAAAAAGAGAAGAAAGAAGCUGAAGCAAAAGAGAAAUCAAAAGAGAAAUCUGACAAGGCUGAUGAGAAGAAAGCAUCAGCUACACCUGAUAAAUCAGCAAAAAGUGAUGGAAAAUCAAGCACCGACAGCAAAGAGAGUUCAAAACCUACUGCCAAGAAAACUCCAGACACUAAGAAACCUGGAUCAGCUAAGAAAACUGAUGAUAAAAAAGCAACUGACAGCAAGUCUAAAUCAGCAUCUGCUUCCAAAGACAAGAAAGAAAGUGGGAAAAGUCUGUGGGUGAGCAAUCUUUCCUCUGUUACCAGGGCUGCUGAUCUCAAGACUAGAUUCAGCCAACAUGGGAAGGUUGUUGGUGCCAAAAUUGUGACAAACUCCAAAGCUCCAGGAGCGCAGUGUUUUGGUCUGGUUACCAUGUCAACAAGUGAAGARGCAGCCAAAUGUAUUUCACAUCUGCACAGAACUGAGCUUCAUGGACGGACCAUUACAGUAGAUAGGGCUAAGGGAGACAGAGUGCCUCAAACACAAGGAGGUUCCAGUGCCACUAAGAAAGCAGCAGACAAAAAGACAACUGAUAAGAAAGCAACAACAGCCAAAGCAGGAGAAAAACCUAAAGCCGAUGCAAAGAAGCAGCCAGAAAAAGGUAAAAAGCCCAAUGAAAAAGCAGCAAAGCCUGCAGCUAAAAGCUCUUCAGGAAGCACGUCCACUUCUAAGAAAGAUGAGAAGAAAACAGAAGAAAAGAAAGAUGAAAAGAAAGAUGAGAAAAAGGAUGAGACCAAAAAGGCAGGAGACGAAUCCGGAGAUCGUGUGGUCGUCAUGGAUGACAGCAAAGGCGAACCGGUGGUGGUGGUUUCAAACAAAGAAGACGAGAAGUCAAGGUCCGAAUCUCGUGGCCGCAAGAGCAAAAGUUCGGACAAGAGCAAUGACUCGCCCAUCAAGUCCUUGGAGGAGAUCCGCCGUGACAGAGUAGAGAAACAAAGACAAGAUCGUGCACGCGACGUCAGGGUUCAACGAGAAAGAGAACGCAACAUUCGCCUACGACGCGAACGUGAACGUAUUGCUCGAGAACGUGCUAUGGAACGGGAACGCGAGCGUGAACGCGAAAGAGAACGUGAAAGACGACGGCAGCAAUUUUUACGUGAACAAAGGCAAAAGCAAGAACAAGAAAGACUUCGUCUUCAACGAGAACUCGAACGUCGUCGUGAACUAGAGCGUCUUCGUCGUGAACGCGAAGAACGUGAACGCCUCGAGCGUGAAAGACGUGAACGUGAAGUUAUACUUGAACGCGAAAGACUUCAACGUGAGCGCGUUGAAACAGACAGAUUGCAACGUAUUGAACGUGAACGUUUAGAACGACAACGCCUCGAGCGUGAUCGUAUUGAUCGUGAGCGCCUUCAACGUCUGGAUCGUGACCGUCGUGGGUCCGGAUUAAAGCGAUCUGCUGGUGCUCCAUUUGAGGAUGCAGCUGCGUCACAACGUGCUGGCUUCUGGCAGGACACUAAGCGCCCUGCUAUUGGUGCCGAUGGAAGACCUGAAUUCUUUGGUGGUACUCUUGCUGCAGCUCAUGCAGAGCAGUCUUCAAGGCGAUCUGAAGACAAACUUCAAGGAGAUCGUCGUGAAAGCAAAGGACAUCGUGAUGAUUCAAGAGGUGGCAGAACYAGCAGUCGAGAUGGACGCAGAGAUGAUGAUUUCUCACGCGGCGAUGACCGACGUAAAAAGGACGAUCGACGACACAGUGACUCUCGUAAGGAUGUGCGCGGUCACGGAAGUGAUCGUGACAAAGGUUGGAGUAACUCAAACCCAGCACUUGGCCCUAUAGACCCUCAAAAGAGUUUGUCAAUACUAUUGGAGCGUGCUGGGGUGAGUGGAAUUCUUGGGAACAACACACCUGGCGUGAGGUCAGACCUAGGAAAAGGACUUGAUCAAAUUGACAUUGAACGCUCUUUAUCUUCGGCUCAUCGUGGGGAAUGGCGCCAGGCUGACCCACGUGAUGCAAGACAACAAAUGAUCCCCCCUGAYAGGGGAGGUCAUGUCUCUGUCGUUGGAGGAGGAAUCGAUGCUCGAGCUGCUAGUGCUGUGGAUGCACGCUACCGAGGAGUGGAGCAUGUCCGUCAUGGCUCCGGAGGAGGUGUAGUCGUUAACGAUCCUGUCAAAGUGUCGUCACGUGAUUGGCGGGGUGAUCCAAGUGCUGACCUACAAGCRAGACAGCGUGAUGCCCUUGCUGGAAGGAGCCGUGAAAGAGGCAGGGGAGUGGAUUCUAAGUCUGGAGGUCACUUGUACGAUUCACGUGAAAGAGUAGCUACUCGUGAUUCAAGUGGUCAGCGUGGAGCUUGGGGAGGAGAUGUUAUGCACCCCAACCCCAUCCCUGCACGUGGUAUAAUGGAUGACAGAUCACGUGGUUCAGCAAUACCAAGGGAUGCAUCGCACCCCUCGUGGGGUGUUGGUGGUCUUCCUGUCCCUGAUGUACGUCACGCUUACAGUGGAAGUGCUGGUGGYCCAGAUAGAAGACACUCGGGUGGAGCGGAUGCCCGAUAUGAACCAUACAARGCUCCACCUCCAAGAAGUGCAGGCAUGCGCAGAUAUUAAACAAUUUAUUGACUSUAUACAAGAUUGUAGUGAAGAACUUUGUUACACUGGAACAUUAUCGCUUGGACAUUGAACCUUAUUAUUGUAGUGCAUUGUUAUCUGUAGAUUAAGCAUCGUUUAUAGCUCAUUAAUUCUUGUUUUGGGAACAACCUUUGAUAGUUCAUUGAGUAGUUUUAGUAUUUUAACUUUUUAGCAUUAGCAGCUUCAUUGCAAUUCAUAUUCAUUUUAGCGCUUUGGCAUAACUUAGUCRAGACAAGCUUUCAUUAGAAAUUCGGCCUAUUAAUGYAGCGGCAAGCAUUAAAGUGUACGGCAAUACCUUGCUCUGUGUUUUGAUUGUAAUCAGACAACCGUUCAUUAAAUACAUGAACAUGAAUCUCAACGUGCUUUUCUCGUCACCAAUUUCAUUUGUCAAUCGYUAMRAAAUGGUGUUAUUUCKACCGAUUACGAUUGGAUCAUUAAUGUUGGCUUGUCUGAUCUGGUAUUGGUUAUCUGACCGAUUGUACAACACUACAUUAUGUCAAAUGGCCAAUGGUAGGAUGKUGUCAUUUGGUUGAAUUUUGUGUCUACGUAAUCGGUUUGUAUGUUUCACGGAUUGAUACUGGUUCUCAACCAACAUACGGUACUUCAAAAUCUGAAAUCUUAUACAUCAUGGCUGGUCAACACURUCCUUGCUCUGAUUGGUUGUUGCAGCAAUGUACCGAAUGUUAAAAUUGAUAUGCUUUGAUUGGCUGGUCUACGGUUUCUUCAAUGUGUAUUCUAGGAACACUACGUCACCAUCGYAGAAUCGUGUUGUGUGUCCUCUGGUUUCUUCACCAACAAGAUCAGGAUCGGUUUAUCAGAGAUUUCCUAUCGGCGUGCUUUCUGCACUUCCAACUAAGAUCUCAAAAGAAACGGYCGUUUCAUUGACAUAUUUGCUGUCUGUCGUCAUUGUCGUCAUCAUGCACGACAUUUAUUCACCAAAACUCGCAUCGUUUGUUUGGAAAAGUCAAGUUAUUGUGGUCUUCCUCAACACUUCAGAAAGCGGAUUGAAAGCUGCCAUUUGGUCAGCAGAGAUGGUAUGGAAGGUUGUAAGUAGAUAUGUGUCGAGAAGAAGUCAGGUAAAUCUGAUGUAUUACAAAAGUUGAAUUUGCUAAAACUCUUUGCGGUUAUUUCGGACGUAAUUCUUUUUUAUUUUGUACAGUGUUAAAUUUAUCUUUUUCGACGCAUCUCACACUAGUUUACCGCUAGUUUUCAUCAUUUCUUUAUUGUUAAAACAUGAUUAUGAUCUGUGGGAGUACCAUUGAAGUAUUUGUUGGGGGAAGGGGAGCGUAUUAAAGAAAAGUCAUCCAGAUUCAUUCAUCACGAACAAGACAUUGAACAUAGGCGUCAGAGUACACUGAGCACGAAGAGGAGUACUGUGUGUCCUGACGUCUUGAUUCAGUGUUUCCUUCGUGGUCACYGGAACAUCGCUGGUUGAAUUACAUUUUUAUAGCCAAACUUCAAAAACGACGCAUUAUGUACUUAAAUACAAUUUAUUUUCUAAAUGUUAUGAUGAAUUGUCUGAAAUAGCUAGAACCAUUCUCGUUGUAAUGAACCCUAAAGUUACACAAAUCACGUCCGGGUGUUUGUAUAUCAUACGGAUGAUAUUGUAGUUUAUCAACGAAAAUGGUUGCAGUUAAAGGRUGUGUUAUUCAAAAUUGUUGAACAYUUUUCCGUUUCGAAUAGUCCCAAGUGCAGUAUUUGUCACCAACCCUUGGAGCAACACUUGCCACAAUGAUGCGUUUUCGUGGGAUUUUUCGAUUGUUUUUUUUCCAUUUCCUUGUGGAUGGAGAACGAYAGGAAAACACUUUUGUAUUGACGAGGCUUAAGACGUAUAAAUUCCAAAAURAAACAGUGGUAUUACCUAAACUGAAAGCAUUCCAGCGCAGCAUUGGUGCUUGGGUUGGUUGACAAACUGUAAAAAGGGCCACAAUUGUUGAUCAUUUCUAACUGUAUUUUUACUAACCGCUUAGUAUUCCAGGAGGAAUUCUACUGUGGACAUUAUCAGGUGAGAUGUCGCAUCGCUUCGUCAAAACUUUGACAAGAGGGGUUGUUCAACUGCUUGUUUUCAGAAUUUCAUGUUAUCACCAAAAUAGUGAUUGUACUCGUCAAAUAUURUGGCAUGGUGUAUUCUUUGGACCUCCACUACCGGAAUACCUUGCGUAUUUUCAUUCGGAGAUGAAAAAAAGCACAUUCAUUUUAUAGACUUUUSGAAAUUUUUGUCCCAUUCCAAUCUCCUUGGUGAAAAAUUCUAUUUUCCUCUUUUAUUCCAUCUUCCUGUUUAUUUCAAUUGGGCGAAGAAGUCUUCUUCCAAAUGGUCUGAAGUGGGACAACAAUUUCCCAAUUCAAGGAGGUCUAAAAGUUUCGGUAAUUGUGGUGUAUGGCGUCAUCAUGUUUAUCGCAUAUUGUUCAAGCCUCCGUUGCAGCCGUWUUAAGUGUGGGUCACACUUCUAUCCGUAUUCGAACACUCUUUGUAGCACUAAAWGUUCUCUUACCAUUCCCUUUCCUGCACAAUCUUAAUUUUCAAUCCAUCGAUCGUUUCGGUCUAGUGUGGAAAAUAGAAAGUUUUGAAAAAAAUUAAUGAGACAGACUACAAGAGGAGAAGCGCGUGAACGGUCUUUGUGAAAACUGCAACCUCGAUCCCAGGCCCUUAUCCCUUCGCUUGGGAUAAGGGMCUGGGAACGAGGUUGUGAGAACUGUUGAAAACGUAUUUGGAUAGCCUGUCUGGCGGGUUUAGGGCCCUAGAAAUCCCUARAGUCGCUAGGUAGGCUUCUGAAAUGAAAAUUGUUUUUGCGCCUGUCCCUAGAGGAAAGCCGUGGAUGUCGGAUCAAGUUUAUUUCUCGGAGUAUGUAGUUGGUUUGAGCACUGAACUAGUCCUUGUAAAGAAAAAAGACUGAACGUCUUCUCCAUUCCUCUCUUUUCUGUGCUUUUUUUCCUUUUGUAUUUUUUUAUUUAUUUGUCGUUAAAUUAAUUUUUCAUUGCUUAAAUAUGAUCUAGUAAGUCUCAUUGCUAUUCACGGUAAAGCACCGUAAAGAUWACAUUAAACUUGCGCUCGUUAAUAAAAUCCUCUUUCAAAAGCAUACCAUKGCAACCACCUGCACGGAAGAACUUUAAACAAAUGCAUUGAAAACACAUAAUCAAAAUGAGUAUAAAUAGUUUUCUUUGAAUUUGACAACACCCUAGUAGUUGCAUAAGCACACUAUGACUGAUAUUUAAAUAAUCUGUUCUUGUUUGUGCUAUACAUUUUUUGUCAAUGAAUCAUCAAUACGGCCGACGUGAUGUGAAUUUAAAACCACCAAUGAACAAUGUGCAGCGACGCCAAGUUAAAAAAAAAAAAAAAGCAUAGGGUGAAAUGUUUUUCCUGCGUGUUUUUCUGUCCGUAAAAAUUAGUUCUUGUAAUACCUUGACAGAAGACGUUAUAUGCAUUUUUUGCUAAAAAACACAUUGCUAGCCACGUUGCCCAUCGCACUUUGUAUAGAAAUUGUUGAUGUGUAUUUUUUGUUUUGUUUACUUACACUUUGUAUUUGUGUUCGAUAGGUACGUGUCAGGAUAAUAACUCUUGGGUUGUACAAUAAAAUUACUUCAAUAAAUARCAUAAACGUUA